AUGUCGGUUUUUGAUUUGGACGCCGAGACCAUGGCAGACCAGGAAACCGUUACCGUUGUGAACCCCAAGUUCAUUGCUGUUGAAUCUUCAUGUGCGACCUUGUCCAAGGCGCCACUCUCGGAACAAGGCCCGACCCUGCGAACAGGAACAGUGCCAUCAGACCCUCUCCAUAAACACCACGAUAGCACGUCGACACAAGCAUCAGAGUCGGCCGACUCAUCACCCACCACUACACUCUCCACAGCAGACUCGUCGCCCCUCUCCGACCCCUCACCGUCCUCAUCACCGGAUUCUCCCGUGAACCUCAUCCCUCUUUCAUCCUACCCAGGACCCAGCUUUGGCGGCCUUGGUCUCCCCCAUGCUUACCACACUCACCGUCACCGAUUUUGGCAACGCGUUAGAACGGCCCAUGACCUCGCCGUCGCCAAGGCGCGCGCGCAACAUGAAGGGCCUUUCUAUCCAACCUCCCACCAUCUCCUCGACGCUUCUGUCCGAGCCGGCAUCACCCUCUACUACUUUUAUAAAGCCCAAAAUUCCUCCCAUGAAGAAGCGAGGGCCCUGAAGCAUUCGGCCUCGACACCGCAUAUGCUCACGGGGCUCAAGUCCUCCACCUUUGGACCUUCUGGUGGCAUGACCUUCCCCAAGGUUCUGGAGCGUAAUGAGAACGGGUUAUCCGAGGUCCUACGACCUACGAAAUUAACCAUCUGUGGGCCCUUGAACCCGCCGAUCGCGGAAGAACACUCGCCCAUCAGGACCCAGAUGGCCAACCGCGGCGUUAUUGAUCUGGCGCACCUCAAGGACGAGAGCGAAAACAACGAGGAUCAGAAGUCGCCUGGCUACCCUGAGGGCCCUAUCGCCAUCUACGAGGACAACGUGUUCCUCUACCUGGAGCCAACUGCCGAAGAAGCCUCCAAAUUUGACCUUGUUAUCAAUGUCGCGCGGGAAGUGAAUAACCCCUUCACGACACAGGCUGCGAAGGAAGAUGAUGACGUUAAAAUGGUGAUGGAUCUUGCGCCUGCGCCGGUGGACAACAGCCCGUACCCUGACACGGCCUUGACGGAGGCUAGCUUUAGAACCGCCUUUGAGUUUCCCCUCGGCCGCCAUGACCCUACCCCCAAGGAGCCCGAGUAUGUCCACAUGCUCUGGGACCACAACACUGAUAUUUCGCCCGACCUCAUGCCUUUGUGCGAGCGCAUCGAGAAGACGACCAAGGAGGGCAAGAGGGUACUUAUUCACUGCCAACAGGGUGCCAGCCGCUCUGCCAGUCUCAUCAUUGCCUAUGGUCUUUACCGAAACCCUGAGCUGAGUGUGAACGAUGCUUACUACGCUGCCCAGGCCAGGAGCCGCUGGAUAAGCCCCAAUAUGAGGUUGAUGUAUUGUCUUCAAGACUUUCACAAGGAGAUGUCUAAGAAGAAGCUGAGCCCCAACUCGGCACUUCGCCAACGCUCAGGAAGGAGCCCAACCAAGCACAGGCUGACACUCUCGGCGGAUGCCAUCGACAUGAGCGCAACCACCUCCCCAACUCCUUUAACGGCGCCCCUUCCCGGCGAGGAUGUGGAACAAAACGCGCUCAGCCCCGGCAAAUGCUCCAUGCGCCAACGCGGCAACUCUACUCCGGCCUAUGGAUAUCUCAAGCCGCCGCCAACGCCCGGGUUUGGAGGUUUCAACACUGGAUUCGGUGGCGGCUUUGGCGACAGCUUCGCGCCGCGCAGCUUCGACUCUCACGGCGCGUUUGGCUUCUCGGGUCUGUCGUUCAACCGCCCUGUUGACGGACGCCCCGCACUAUCCUUGUUCCCCGAGAAUUCAUCGGCACCGCGGGAGCGAAUGCAGUUUGUGGAAUCGCCUCCUACACCGACCGAGGACGGUCUCUUUAGCCCGCGGCAAACGAUGUUCCCACGCGAUCCCUUUUCGCCGUUUGGCCGACCACCCCAGGUGGCGGACCCACGAAGCCCGCCUACUAAGGGCGAAACCCCGAUAGUUCGGUCGAUUGACGAGAUUUUAUAG